AUGUACACGAUCGUUACAUCUCCGCGGGAAUCUCUCGACCGCGAAGGGGUUCACUUCGCCCGACAUGCACUUCUCCCAUUGACAGCCGUCAACAUCCACAGUUCGCUACGUCGCUUGUCCCUAGCCAACGCAAAGCCCGAAAGUCCGGUCGCUUACCCGUAA